UUCUGUUGCGCGAACAGGCGAACGCGUUACACGCUCUGACGCUCCGCAAGGUGUCAAAAAGUGUGGAGAGCCGCCGCUCAACAUCUUUGAAAGGUUUCGAUUUCAAACACAAGGUUUGGUUUUUUUAUAAGUUGCGAGAAUACAUUCAAUCAGGGGAGUUGAUCGAAGAAUAGACGAAUCUCCGAAUAUGCUUUGAGAGCGUCAAACUGGAAAGUGACUCCCUGAGGCCAUUCUGGACGAGCCAUUUGGACCGAUAACGAAGACGUUCAAGCCGGGAUGCCGGAUUUAAAGUCAAACCCCACCGCAAUCAAAAUCGGGGAUGUGGACUACAGACUUGAUUUUUCCCGCUUUCCAUACUUCCAAGCGUUCGCCAGGUUCCAAAGCCAGGCUCAACCCGGUGCGGAGCUCGUGCACCCACCAAUCCCCUUCUUCGAUGUGGCUUUGAGAGGCAUGCAGGACGGCUAUCGACAUUGCUUUCGCGCUAUGCCUGUCGACUGUGAGCAGUUGCAACUUCUAUGCCAGACGCUCAGCGUUUUGGGGGUAUUUUCGAACGACCAUGGGCUCGACAUUGUGGAGGAGUUGAACACAGGCAUCCUGGACUAUGUGCUCAGAAUUUGCGACAAGUCGAUGGCACGAGAUGCGGCCUUCAAGCUCUUUUAUCACCUGCUCUUGGGGGAUUUCUCGGAAGAGAGCAAGGUCAAAGACAAAGUCUGCAACGCUGUAUCCAUCGUCAUCAAGUACCAACCUGAGGUGUUCAGCAUGAAGGCCAAAAGAAUGGUAUGCGCGGCAUAUGAGCGGCGAUAUGUGCGCACAAUCACCGAGCGUGCAGCUCUAUACGAAUGGGAGAAAGAUGGGAAUCAGUCCUCCUCCUUGGAUAAAGAUGAGGUGACGACAGACGAGGAAGAGAUUCCAUCUCUUCCGACGAAGAAUAAAUGGCAGACAAAGAGGAGGAGGAAUAGUCCCAAUCCUGAAAACAAGAAAAAACUGAGGAAUAACAGAGGAGAAGGCGCGCUCGUUCCCAAAAAGGAGCCAUGACGGGGAGAAGAGAUGAGCUCUAUGGGGAAAGGAUCAAGGAGUAGGAAUGAAGGAAUGUUCUCUGGCAUCCUG